CCCACCCUGAUACCAGAGGUGGGUCCCUCUGCCGGAGGACGCUGUUCACAGAGCGGAAGAUGGCGACUGUUUGGAGGCUGCAGAGGAGUCUCCGGAGCUGAUACCGGGGAGGAGAAGAGCAAAAGAUAGACACCCAGAGCCCUGCAAAGAACAGUUCUAAAACAAAAGACAAUAAUGUCCCGCUCCCCUGACAAUGAAGAGGGAUACUUUGUUGCCAUGGACACAGAGGAUGGUGGUACAGAGCCUGCUGGGAUAACGGAGGAGGUCGAAGCAAAGAUGGGGUCCUGUCUACAAGAAGGGAGCAUGGACAGUUGUGCCAAAGGAGAGGGGAGAACAAUGGUGGAGCUGCCGGAGGAAGUUCUCGAAUAUAUUCUGUCCUUCCUCUCACCUUAUCAGGAGCACAAGACUGCUGCACUUGUGUGUAAGCAGUGGUAUCGUCUCAUUAAAGGUGUUGCCUAUCAGUGUUACCAUGGUUUUUUGAGAGCUGUCCAGGAGGGAAAUAUCCAGUGGGAAAGUCGCACAUACCCAUAUCCAGGAACCCCUAUCACUCAGCGCUUUUCACACAGUGCAUGUUAUUACGAUUCAAAUCAGUCCAUGUAUGUGUUUGGGGGUUGCACUCAAAGUAGCUGCAAUGCUGCCUUCAAUGAUCUUUGGAGACUUGACCUCAACAGUAAGGAGUGGAUCCGCCCUUUAGCCUCAGGCUCUUAUCCGUCUCCUAAAGCUGGAGCAACUUUAGUGAUGCACAAAGAUCUGUUAGUGUUGUUUGGGGGAUGGACUCGCCCCAGCCCUUAUCCACUGCACCAACCAGAAAGGUUUUUUGAUGAAAUCCACACCUACUCUCCUUCAAAGAACUGGUGGAACUGUAUAGUAACGACACAUGGACCUCCACCGAUGGCUGGACACUCUUCAUCUGUAAUCGGGAACACCAUGGUGGUGUUUGGGGGAUCGUUAGGAGCACGUCAAAUGAGUAAUGAAGUCUGGGUUCUGGACCUGGAGCAGUGGUCCUGGUCUAAACCACCCAUAUCUGGCCCAUCACCUCACCCAAGAGGAGGCCAGUCACAGAUUGUGAUUGAUGAUCAGACGUUGCUGAUCUUGGGAGGUUGUGGUGGCCCCAAUGCUCUGCUUAAAGAUGCCUGGCUACUCCACAUGGAUGCGCCGCCAUGGAGGUGGCAGCAGCUGCAGGUGGAGAACGAGGACCACGGGGCCCCAGAGUUGUGGUGUCACCCAGCUUGUAGGGUGGGCCAGUGUGUGGUGGUUUUCUCACAGGCUCCAUCUGGCCGCGCACCGCUCAGCCCAAGUCUUAACUCUCGGCCGUCCCCCAUAAGUGCCACACCUGCCCCUCUGGGCCCCGAAGCGCCUUCCUUGCGCUCUCAUUCUCCCGUUCGGAGCGGGGCGGCUGGUGUUGUUCUGGGAGCUGUAGAAGAGGCUCCAUGUGUCAACGGGCGAUGGGGCACUCUAAGACCUCGGCCUUCAGCGAGAGGUGCCAGAGAAGGGAGCCCGUCCUCAUCCCAGCAGCCGUCCCCUUCUCAGGGCCCAGACAGCCCUCCUCUUCCUCCACUUCCUCCAUUACUAAACGGAUCCUCCCCCUCGCCGCGGACCAGCCCGUCGCAGGCCGCAUCUCCUCCCUCUCGCCCUCACCUGCCUUCCUCCACAGACUAUGGCUGGGAUUCUCCACUCUCUGCUGCUCACCAUCCUGAAGUUCCCAGCACUAACGGCCUGCACACGCCUCCUGCAGGCUCCCCGCGCACUCCCCCAGGAGCAGUGUCCCCAGCCGCCUUAAGACGAGGGCUGGAGGCAGUAAAAAACAAAUCUUCCUCAUCUUUACCGUCUUCGUCGUCAUCGUCUUCCCUUCAGACGCAGGGGGCUUCUCCUGGAGGAGGGAGCGGCGGAGGAGCAGGUCCUCCAGGCACCCCUCCGUCAUCCUCCUCCAGCCCUCCACAGGCUGCCGGAGCCGACGGACACGCCAUCCCCCCCAUCGCUCGCCGCCUCGGUCACCAUCCGCCGCAGAGCCUGAACGUAGGAAAACCUCUGUACCAGUCUCUCAACUGCAAGCCCAUGCAGAUGUAUGUGCUGGAUGUGUCCCGGGCCAAAUCUGCCGGGGUGGUGUCCUGGAGGGUUUAUGGGAACGGGACUCCUGCUGCGGUUACAGGGCCCCCGGAGACCAGCCUUCACACCGUAGUGCAGGGAAGGGGAGAGCUCAUCAUCUUCGGGGGCCUCAUGGACAAAAAACAGAAUGUGAAGUACUACCCUAAAACCAACGCCUUGUACUUUGUACGAGCUAAAAGGUAAUGCAGCAUCAGGCAGGAUUGGGAAGACAGACGCUCCGCCCUGUGAUCACACAAGGGAACUGACACACAAGGCCUUUUUCAUGUAGGAAGGAUUUGGAGAGAAGGACAUAAUCAGUGCUAGAUGUUUCACUUUUCAAUUCACUAUUCUCCCUUCUGCCUACAGCAAGCAUUCGAAAUAAAACACUUUAACUACACUUUGAUAAAAACAUUUGCUUGAAUGAGGAUCUUGACUGUGUGUGUGUGUUUGUGACUGCAGUGAUUAGUGAGGACUGCUAGAAAGGAUUUUUUUUAAUUUUAUUUUUUUGUUCCCCAAAAUGGCGAACAACCAAACGAUAACAUUUCUGUUUUUCUGUGUCACCCUCCUCUGAACUCUGAGAGAGAGAGGAACUCUGGAAGAGCGGACACUGUUGACGGAAACAGUUGACGACUACCUUGCUUUUUGUAUCACUCUUUAAGCCUGCAAUGUUUACAUUGAGUGUGAUUGUGUGUGUGUGUGUAUGUGUGUGUGUGUGUAUGCACGGUGGUGGCAGUGGUUAAAAGUUGUUGAAUAAUGUGUGUCAGGAGCCAUGGUGGCUGAAAGAUGUGGCACUGUACUAUAAACAUAGUUAAACAAUAAAUGCCUCCAUGUCUGAUCUGUCAGUGUUUGUUUCCUGUUAAACGUGGCUGCGUUUGUUGUUGACUUAAAGGUGUUGAUCUGCUAGUAGAUGGAGUUUGUCCAGUUUUCAAUAGUUUAAAAGAGAAGAAAUUUUGAACACUUGCAUCAGCCUGGAUUCGAAUCAGCAAAGAAAAAGGAUAUAACUUUAAGGGACAUUUGUAUGAAACUAAUUUUUAAUACUGAAAUGCAUCUGGAUUUGAAGCAGCAAUAUAUUAUUUCUAUCACUAUA